AUGGCUUCUUCAUCAUCACCGUUGCCCGGCCCAUCGAGGUUAAAUCAACCUCCACCCGCACCGUCCACUUCAGGUGAUAGCGAAUCAACAGUACCUCGACCUGAAGAGAAAGGGUUGGAUGUUGGGAUUCUCAAGGAGUUAGCGAGAUCUGCUUUGGUAGAGAGCUUGAACGAUAUCCAAGGAGCUAAAACACUGAUUCUGGACCCUGCAUUAGCGGGACCGCUAGGACUAGUCACGGAGGUAGCAUUGCUCAAGCAUCAAGCUGUAGACAAGAUGUUCUGGCUUGAACCUGGGCCACUGAACGUCAACACUAGAAACGUAGUUUGGUUAUGCAGACCAAAGUUGGAAUUCAUGCGUACUAUUGCGGAACAAAUCCAAGCUCAACAAAGCAACCCUUCGUCUGCUGGACCAUUGAUGUAUACUAUCUUGCUUGUACCUCGCGCCACUGAACUAUGUAGAAGGAUAUUGGAAGAUCACGGUGUUGCUGGUGAUGUGACUAUCUCAGAGUUCAAACUGGAACUUAUACCUAUGGAAGACGAUUUGCUGUCUCUAGAAAUGGAGGAUGUAGCUAGGGAUGUGUUUUUGAACGGGGAUGAUACACCGAUAUACUACUCUUCUCUCGCUUUGAUGACUUUCCAAAGAGCGUUCGGCUUGUUUCCUAGAAUACUAGGCAAAGGUGACGGUGCCAAGAAAAUUGCCGACCUUUUGCAACGUCAUCACACCACAAACCCUUCACUCUACGGCGAUAUCGGAACAUCCUCUCAAGUUGAUGGGCUGAUCAUCAUCGAUCGAUCGAUAGACUGGGUCACUCCAAUGUGCACCCAAUUGACGUAUGAAGGGAUGCUAGAUGAGUUCGUCGGUAUAAGAAAUGCCCAUAUCGAAGUGGAUGCAACUUUGCUCGACUCAAAUACCGCUCCAGCACCCUCACCCUCGGCAUUGCCUUCGACACCAAUAACCAAAAAACGUAAACAUCAUCUCACGUCUCAGAAAGAUACGCUAUAUUCAGAACUCAGAGAUUUGAAUUUUGCUGUAGUUGGAUCAAGGUUAUCUAAAGUUGCAAGAAGGCUAGAAGGUGAUUAUGGUGGAGUCAAGAAUCUGAAAUCUGUUAGUCAGAUGAAAGAGUUCGUUGGCAAGUUAGGCGGAUUGCAGAACGAACAGCAGAGCUUAAGAUUACACACUGGUCUGACAGAGCUUCUAAUGCCUAUAACGAGAUUAGAAACUUUUGGUCGUACACUGGAAGCACAACAAAAUCUCGUUGCGGGAUAUGAUCCAUCUUCACAACUGAAUACCAUCGAAGAUUUGAUGAAUCAAGAAGUGGAUUGGAGAACAGUACUACGGACAGCAGUCAUAAUGUCACUCACAGCAGGAGGGAUCAAACCUAAAUCCUUGGAAAUAUUCAAAAGAGAUUUUCUUCAAAUAUACGGAUAUCAUCAUUUACCUUUGUUAAUCGCAUUACAGGAACUGAAUCUAUUGGUCAAAUCACCUCCUUCUGUCAAUUUACCCUUUUCAAAUGUAAGAAAACCCUUGAGGUUAGUUGUCGACGAUAUAGACGAUUCAAAUCCAAACGACAUAAGUUAUGUCUACAGUGGAUACGCACCUUUAUCGAUCAGAUUAGUUCAAUGUCUCACUAUGAGAAACUCGAUCUUAUCGAAUCCAUCAGUAUCUCUAUCUUUAUCUCAAAAUCAAUCCCAAAUUGAAGAAACGGGAAGAAAAGGUAUACAAAGAGCCCUUCCACUGAGUGGAUGGAAAGGUUUUGAGGAUUCUUUAAGUGUAUUAGGAGGUGCUACAGUUGAUGUCAGACAGCAUGGCGAGAAAAGAGAUGGAUCUAUCAUUCCCGAUGAAAAUAAAACGACGACGACGGUCGUAUUCUUCUUGGGAGGCUGUACUUUUACUGAAAUAGCUGCAUUGAGGUGGAUGUCAAGAAAAACAAAAGGAAGAAGAUUCUUGAUUGCUACUACCGGUAUAAUAAAUGGAAAUACUUUGAUGGAAAGCUUCGGUGAUAACCCUCCCGUCCAGUUGAAACAGCAAACCUAG